AUGACGGAAGAAGAAGACGAUGAAGACGAUGAUGAAGAGGGCGAUGAAGACGAGCAAGUGAAUGCUACCCCUCAGCCUUCGGUCAAGAAGAACCCUUCUUCCGUCAAUAAAACUCCUGUCAAGGCCGUCCAUCCUCCCACUCCAAGUUCUGGAUCUGGCCCUGAUACUCAGCUCUCGGACGGCGAAGACGAUGGAGAUUCUAGUACAGAAUCCGGAUCUGAUUCUGAAUCUCCAGAAAAGCCCGCUCGCCCUUCCCGCAGUGCUGAUCCAAACAUAAAACCUAUUUCCUCCAAGCCAAUGGACGACGGCCCUAAGUCAAAGAAGCCUGCGGCGAUGCCCUCUGCUGCUUCCUCUCUGGCUGCCCUUCCGGCUAAGUCUAGGGUCGCAGCUAAGCGCCCUGCCGAGUCAGACAUCGAUAAGAGCAAGAAUUCCAAGAGAGGGAAGAGGAAGCCUUCGGAUGACGAAUUGGACGCAGGUGUAUCUGAGGAUGCUGAGAAGAAACCUGGGGACGAUCGGAAGAAACAGCUGUUUCAGAGGGUGUGGACAGAGGAUGAUGAGCUUGCCAUCUUGAAGGGCAUGCUUGAUUACUUCUCCAUGAAAGGGACCGAUCCAUCUACCGACAUGAAUGCCUUCCAUGAGUACAUUAAGAAAUCAUUCCAUGUCGAGUUCACCCGGAAUCAGUUGGCUGACAAAAUCCGAAGGCUAAAGAAGAAGUAUCGGAAUAAUGUCGGCAAGGGAAAGGACCCGGUUUUCUCAAAGCCACAUGAACAUAAAGCCUUCGAGCUAUCCAAGAAGAUAUGGGGGGCUGACGCUGCUAAUGAUGUUGUCAACGAUCAGACUGCUAAAAAUGUUGUUUGCAAUGGAAAGUUUGUAGGAAAGCCUGUUGGAUGA